CGCCGCCCGCCGAGGAGCCGGAGGCCCGGCCCGAGGGAGAGGGCUCUCCCGGCAAGGCCAGGCCCGCGGCGGCCCGCAGGCCCGGGGCCGCCGCGCCGGCGGAGCGCGACGACCGGGGGCCCCCCACCAGCGUGGCGGCUCUCAGGUCCAACUUCGAGAGGAUCCGCAAGGGCCAGGGCCAGCCCGCGGCGGCGGACACCGAGAAGCCUUUCUACGUGAACGUCGAGUUUCACCACGAGCGCGGCCUGGUGAAGGUCAACGACAAAGAGGUGUCGGACCGGAUUAGCUCCCUGGGCACCCAGGCCAUGCAGAUGGAGCGCAAGAAGUCCCAGCAGAGCACUGGGCCGGGCCCGGGGGACGCGCCCAGGCCCGCUUACCGGGGGCGCGCCUCGGAGAGCAGCUGCGGCCUCGACGGCGACUACGAGGACGCCGAGUUGAACCCUCGCUUCCUGAAGGACAACCUGAUCAACGCCAAUGGCGGCGGCAGACCCCCUUGGCCGCCCCUGGAGUACCAGCCCUACCAGAGCAUCUACGUCGGGGGCAUGAUGGGGGAAGGGGAGGGCAAGGGGGCCCUCCUGCGCAGCCAGAGCACUUCGGAGCAGGAGAAGCGCCUCACCUGGCCCCGCAGGUCCUACUCUCCCCGGAGCUUUGAGGACUGCGGAGGCGGCUACACCCCGGACUGCAGCUCCAACGAGAACCUCACCUCCAGCGAGGAGGACUUCUCCUCCGGCCAGUCCAGCCGCGUGUCCCCAAGCCCCACCACCUACCGCAUGUUCCGGGACAAGAGCCGCUCACCCUCCCAGAACUCACAGCAGUCCUUCGACAGCAGCAGUCCCCCCACGCCGCAGUGCCAUAAGCGGCACCGGCACUGCCAGGUUGUCGUGUCUGAGGCCACCAUCGUGGGCGUGCGCAAGACCGGGCAGAUCUGGCCCAGCGACGGGGAGGGCACCUUCCAUGGAGACGCAGAUGCCUCGUUCAGCACGCCGCCUGGGUACAGCUGUGCUGCGGACCGGGCCGAGGAGCAGCGCCGGCAUCAGGACGGGCUCCCCUACAUCGAUGACUCGCCCUCCUCCUCACCCCACCUCAGCAGCAAGGGCAGGGGCAGCCGGGACGCGCUGGCCUCGGGAGCCCCGGAGUCCACCAAAGCGAGCGAACUGGACUUGGAAAAGGGCUUGGAGAUGAGGAAGUGGGUCCUGUCUGGAAUCCUGGCCAGUGAGGAGACCUACCUGAGCCACCUGGAGGCGCUGCUGUUGCCCAUGAAGCCUUUGAAAGCCGCCGCCACCACCUCCCAGCCUGUGCUGACGAGUCAGCAGAUCGAGACCAUCUUCUUCAAAGUGCCUGAGCUCUACGAGAUCCACAAGGAGUUCUACGACGGGCUCUUCCCCCGCGUGCAGCAGUGGAGCCACCAGCAGCGGGUGGGUGACCUCUUCCAGAAACUGGCCAGCCAGCUGGGUGUGUACCGGGCCUUUGUGGACAACUACGGGGUGGCCAUGGAAACGGCCGAGAAGUGCUGUCAGGCCAACGCUCAGUUUGCAGAAAUCUCUGAGAACCUGAGAGCCAGAAGCAACAAGGAUGCCAAGGAUCUGACGACCAAGAACUCUCUGGAAACUCUGCUCUACAAGCCUGUGGACCGGGUGACGAGGAGCACGCUUGUCCUUCAUGACUUGCUGAAGCACACGCCCUCCAGCCACCCCGACCACUCCCUGCUGCAGGACGCCCUCCGCAUCUCGCAGAACUUCCUCUCUAGCAUCAACGAGGAGAUCACGCCUCGCCGGCAGUCCAUGAUGGUGAAGAAGGGAGAGCACCGACAGCUGCUGAAGGACAGCUUCAUGGUGGAGCUGGUGGAGGGCGCCCGCAAGCUGCGCCACGUCUUCCUCUUCACCGACCUGCUCCUCUGCACCAAGCUCAAGAAGCAGAGUGGAGGCAAAACCCAGCAGUACGACUGCAAGUGGUACAUUCCGCUCACGGAUCUCAGCUUCCAGAUGGUGGACGAGUCGGAGGCAGCACCCAACAUCCCCCUGGUGCCGGACGAGGAGCUGGAUGCCUUGAAGAUCAAGAUCUCCCAGAUCAAGAGUGACAUCCAAAGAGAGAAGCGAGCGAACAAGGGCAGCAAGGCCACAGAGCGGCUGAAGAAGAAGCUGUCCGAGCAGGAGUCGCUGCUGCUGCUCAUGUCUCCCAGCAUGGCCUUCCGGGUGCACAGCCGCAACAGCAAGAGCUACACGUUCCUGAUAUCCUCUGACUACGAGCGUGCCGAGUGGAGGGAGAACAUCCGGGAACAGCAGAAGAAAUGUUUCAAAAGCUUCUCCCUGACAUCCGUGGAGCUGCAGAUGCUGACCAACUCGUGCGUCAAGCUUCAGACCGUUCACAACAUUCCACUGACCAUCAACAAAGAAGAUGACGAAUCUCCUGGGCUCUACGGGUUCUUGAAUGUCAUCGUCCACUCAGCCACCGGAUUUAAGCAGAGCUCAAAUCUGUAUUGCACCCUGGAGGUGGACUCCUUCGGCUAUUUUGUGAAUAAAGCAAAGACGCGCGUCUACAGGGACACUGCGGAGCCGAACUGGAAUGAGGAGUUCGAGAUAGAGCUGGAAGGCUCGCAGACGCUGAGAAUCCUGUGCUAUGAAAAGUGCUACAACAAAGCGAAGAUCAGCAAGGAGGACGGUGAGAGCACAGACAGGCUCGUGGGCAAGGGCCAGGUCCAGUUGGACCCCCAGGCCUUGCAGGACAGAGACUGGCAACGCACCGUCAUCGCCAUGAAUGGGAUCGAGGUGAAACUCUCUGUCAAGUUCACCAGCAGGGAGUUCAGCUUGAAGAGAAUGCCUUCCCGAAAACAGACAGGGGUCUUCGGGGUCAAGAUUGCUGUGGUCACCAAGAGAGAGAGGUCCAAAGUGCCCUACGUCGUGCGACAGUGCGUGGAGGAGAUCGAGCGCCGAGGCAUGGAGGAGGUGGGCAUCUACCGCGUGUCCGGAGUGGCCACGGACAUCCAGGCGCUGAAGGCAGCCUUCGACGUCAAUAACAAGGACGUGUCGGUGAUGAUGAGCGAGAUGGACGUGAACGCCAUCGCCGGCACCCUGAAGCUCUACUUCCGCGAGCUGCCCGAGCCCCUCUUCACCGACGAGUUCUACCCCAACUUCGCUGAGGGCAUCGCUCUUUCAGACCCUGUUGCAAAGGAGAGCUGUAUGCUCAACCUGCUGCUGUCCCUGCCAGAGGCCAACCUGCUCACCUUCCUCUUCCUUCUGGACCAUCUGAAAAGGGUGGCAGAAAAGGAGGCAGUGAACAAGAUGUCCCUGCACAACCUGGCCACGGUCUUCGGCCCCACGUUGCUGCGGCCCUCGGAGAAGGAGAGCAAGCUCCCUGCCAACCCCAGCCAGCCCAUCACCAUGACUGACAGCUGGUCCCUGGAGGUCAUGUCCCAGGUCCAGGUGCUGCUGUACUUCCUGCAACUAGAGGCCAUCCCUGCCCCAGACAGCAAGAGACAGAGCAUCUUGUUCUCCACCGAAGUCUAAAGGCCCAACUCCACCUCCAAGAGGCUGGCAGAACAGCCUGGAAACCUCUGGCUAAAUAGGCCCUCCAUUGAGCGGGAACCGAACCUUCUUGAGGUGUAAUUGGGCCUCCCCCAAGAGUCUGGGCCAUCUGCCAAGAGACAGCUAUCUAAAGCAGAAGACCCAGUGGCCUGGGCAGAUCCCAGGGCUGGCCUCAGACUGUGGCUUUCCACACUGCCACCAGAGGGCGCCCCAGGCCAGCGUGUCUCCGCUGCGGGCCUGGCCCCUGGGCACGGGGUUGAGAGAGUGAUUUUUAUGAACUUAACUUAUCAGAGUUUAAAAGAUUUCUACUGGAUCACUUAUCAAGAUGCACCCUCUCCGGGCAGAAGGGAACACGACCAGAUUCCCUCCCUGUUGUGUCUUGAAUAAACGCUGCUGCU